AGGGUUAUGGAGCAGCGGUCUUUUGACCGCUGCUUCAUAAGUUGUGUUUCUGGCGAGUCUGAAGACUCGCCAGAAACACGGCCCUUCAAGCUCCAUACGGAGCUUGAUAAAUGGGCCUGUAAGAGAAUUUCAGUUCCAUUUCCUGCUGCAGGAUACAAGCAUGGCUUCUGCUGGUCUGAGACAGGAGCUGACCUGCCCCAUCUGCCUGAGCAUUUAUACAGAUCCUGUAACUCUGAGAUGUGGCCAUAACUACCAUAACUUCUGCCUGGACUGUAUUGAGAAUGUGAUGUGUACCCAGGAGGGGUCUGGGCUUUAUACCUGUCCUGAGUGCAGAAAGAGAUUUACUAAUAGACCAAAACUGCAGAGGAACAGGAAGCUACGUAAUAUAGUAGAAUUUUUCAGCCUGAGUCAUCAAGGGACAGAGUCUAAUAUCUUCUGCACUUACUGUGUUCACUCUCCUGUACCUGCUACUAAAUCCUGUCUGCUGUGUGAGGCUUCUCUGUGUGAUACCCAUCUGAUUGUACACAGCAAGUCUGAGGAACACGUCUUAACUGAACCCACCACUUCCUGGGGUAACAGAAAAUGCUACAAACACAAGAAGCUCCUGGAAUAUUACUGCACUGAGGAUGCUGCCUGUAUUUGUGUGUCCUGCUCCCUGGCCGGAGAGCACAGGGGACACCAGGUGGAGCUGCUGAAUGAGGCUUCUGAGAAGAAGAAAAAGAGACUGAGAGAUGUUCUGCAGAAACUGACAACAAAGAGAGAGAAGUCUGAGAAAAGAGUCCAGACUCUGCAGGAACACAGGAGAGGGGUGCAAGAGAAAGCAGCUGAUGUAACAGAGCAACUCACUGCCCUGAUUAGGGACGUCAAGAAACAUCUGGAAGACCUAGAGAAGCGACUCCUGAGUGACAUCACCCGGCAGCAGGAGCAGGUUUUACUCACAAUCUCUAAUCUGACCCAGCACCUGGAAAAAGAGAAGGACGAGCUGACCAGGAAGAUGUGUCAAAUCGAGGAGCUGUGCAACAUGACUGACCCAUUAACUGUCCUACAAGAACAGGAAUCACACAGAGAUGACUUUUGUGGUGCUGAGAAGGGAGAUAAUGAGGUCACACAGAGAGGUGAUAAACAGGUCCCUGCUGUGGUGGAUUUGGAUGAGGUUCUGAUCUCAGUGACCUUAUACAAUGGUUUCGCUGAUAUUGUGACUGAUUUAAAGAGAGAGAUCUAUAUGCAGGAGACAUCAGACAUAUUACCGGAUAUAGACACAGCUCACAAUAAUGUUAUUGUAUCAGGUGACCUGGAAACUGUAUCCUGGUCACGAAUAAACCAGCAGCGACCAGAAAUACCAGAGAGAUUUACAUAUACUCCUCAAGUAUUAAGCACCAGGAGCUUUUCCUCAGGACGACAUUGCUGGGAAGUGCAGAUAAGUGAAUCAGGACUCUGGCGUGUAGGGGUCUGUUAUCCCAGUAUGGGGAGGGGAGGAUGUCAGUCUAUUAUUGGAAAUAAUAAGUCUUGGUGUUUGUGUCAGUUUAAUAAAGAUCUUUCAGUGAGACAUAACACAAUACGCACCUCAUUACAACCCCCUCUAUCAUGUGACACAGUAGGAAUACUGCUGGACUAUGAGGCUGGGUGUCUGACCUUUUAUGAGCUGAGUGACCCGAUCAGACACUUACACACUGUCACUACCACCUUCACUGAGCCUCUUCAUGCUGCAUUCUGGGUAAGAGCUAGUACCUGGGUGAGAAUUCUGCACUAGAUACACUGCCCAUAAUAAUAAUGCUGCUGCCUGUUAGCCAGUGAUGUUUGUGUAUUAUGCGUAUUCUCUGUGAACUGGAUGUGAAAUAAAAUAUUUGUGCAUAAAA